GGCAGCCCUGCUGACUUCACCAGUCACAUUUGACAUCACCACCAUAACCUCACUUUCUCUUUAACAAAAGUUUCCCUUAAAGGGGUUUCCCAAGUUUUUAAUUAUUAGAUUUAACCCUUUAUUACUGUGUUAAAGUGAAAUUUAAAUCAUGAAACCCCUAAUCCUGCAAGGGCACGAACGUUCCAUAACGCAAAUUAAGUACAACAGGGAAGGGGACUUGUUGUUCUCAUCGUCAAAAGACAACAAACCCAACGUGUGGUAUUCCCUAAACGGUGAGAGGUUAGGCACCUUUAAUGGGCACCAAGGGGCCAUUUGGUGCAUAGAUGUCGACUGGACCACAACAAAAUUUAUGUCAGGCGGAGGAGACAAUAGUUGCAGACUAUGGGACUGCGGUACAGGCAAAGAAAUCGGUCAAAUCACCACCGCAUCGUCCGUAAGGACUUGUAUGUUCAGUUAUUCGGCCAAUAUGGCGGUCUACACCACCGAUAAGGCCAUGAAACAGCCCUGCGAAAUCUUUAUUAUCGACGUGAGGACCAUAGACGACAGUUUUUCCGAGCAAACUCCCAUCAUGCGAAUCCCUAUCAGUGGAUCCAGGGUGUCCUCAGUUUUGUGGGACAAUUUGGACGAAAUGGUCAUCACCGGGCACGAAAAUGGGGAGAUUAUCCAGUGGGACUUGAAGACCGGACGGAAAAUUAACAGCGUAAAAGAGCACGACAAUCUAAUAAACGACAUGCAGUGGAACAAGGACGGCACCAUGUUUAUAACCGCUUCGAAGGACCACACUGCCCGACUGUUUGACGCGGAAUCUUUGAUGUUAUUAAAAACUUACAAGACCGAACGUCCGGUGAACUCGGCGGCCAUUAGUCCGAUUGCGGAGCACGUGGUGCUCGGUGGAGGUCAAGAGGCCAUGGAGGUGACCACGACCAGCUCCAGGGCGGGGAAAUUCGACUCCCGGUUCUUCCAUUUGGUGUUCGAGGAGGAAUUCGCGCGGGUCAAGGGCCAUUUCGGGCCGAUUAACAGCGUCGCCUUUCAUCCGGAUGGGAAAUCUUAUUCUUCUGGGGGCGAGGACGGGUUCGUUCGAGUGCACAAUUUCGAUUCUUCUUAUUUCGAGUAUAACUUUGAUUAUUGAGGAGUUGUUGAAGGAUGUAUCGCGGUUUAAAUAAAGUUUUUUUUAUAACUAUGGA